AUGCAUGUUCUUCUUACCAACGAUGAUGGUCCACCAGAUGAUACUUCCUGCCCUUACAUGAAGUAUUUUGUUGAUGAAAUUCUUAGAUCCACCAAUUGGAAAGUCACCAUCGUCGUUCCAGACAGACAAAGAUCUUGGAUUGGAAAAGCUCAUCUCGCAGGGCAAACUAUACACACGUCAUAUAUUUACACUAGGAUAAGUACCGAUGAUCCGAAUGAAAGCAUCAAUAGUUUUGAAGGGCCAUUUAGGCAACUGAUUCCUCAUUUACGUGAAACUCAUCAGGAAUGGCACCUCGUCGACAGCACACCUGCGGCAUGCGCAGACCUUGGCCUCCAUCACUUGUCAUCUCACAAAGACCCUAUUGAUCUUGUCAUCAGUGGACCGAAUUUUGGCAAGAAUUCAGGAAAUCUAUACAUAUUGGCAAGCGGAACUGUGGGCGCUGCUAUGGAAGCAGUAACGCAUGGGAAAAAAGCAAUUGCGCUAUCAUAUGAGUUCAGAAACCCCGUUCAUGACUUUCUGCAAUUAAGAGAAGCAGCUAAAAUUUCAUUGAAAUUGGUUGAAAGGCUCAUGAAAGACCUUCUAACGAACCCCGAUGUUGACCUUUUUAGCGUCAAUGUUCCAUUAAUUCAAUCACUUGAUUGUAAAUCGACCAAAAUAAUGUAUGCUCCCAUUCUCAACAACACUUGGGAUUCAAUCUAUGUUCCUAAGGGGAAAGGCGCAUUCGGCUGGGCUCCAAAAUUCACCGAUGUGUGGAAAAAGGGAUUGGAACACCAUGAGCAUACAGAUAAUAGGGUUCUUUUAGAAGAUGGGAUAAGUGUUACCCCUUUAAAAGCGGCGUUUAAGGUGGUUGAGCCUUUGUCAGGCGAAAUUAAUCUUUUUGAUGACCAUGUGGAGCGGUCGUCCGCCAAACAUAAGAAUGUUUUCUUAAUUACAAUAGGCACGAACAACUAUGUCUACGAACCCUUGAUUCAGGUUUUUAAGUCCAUGGGAUUUAAGGUAUGCUCCUCUAAUGGAAUUUUAAAAGAACUUUUACUUGAUCCCUCAAUGAGGGUAUUUCAUUACGGAGAGUACGAGGAGCUUGAUAUUGACUUGCUCCAAUCUCAUCCCAGCCAGUAUUUUGUGUCAUCAUUCAUUUACCGGAAGGCACUUAUUCGGAAACACUAUUUGGCAAACACGAUUCACCAUUAUGUGGUCAAAAAUCCUACAUCACCAAUUAAAGACUCGUUUCCGGAGUCAUAUCUGCUUGAAGUCGAUUACGCUGAGUUUUUAGAUGAUGCAUUAGAUGAUGCUUACGAGCUAAGACAAGAGAUUGAAAACUCCGAUCGAACUUGGAUCUUGAAACCCAGCAUGGCAGAUAAAGGCCAAGGUAUAAGAAUCUUUCGGAACCUUGAAGAGCUUCAAAACAUCUUCAACUCUUUUGAAGAGGGUGAAGACUCAGACGAAGAUGCAAGUGAAAGCGGCGUGAUAGUAUCUCAACUUCGCCAUUUUCUUGUUCAAGAAUACCAGCAGCAACCACUUCUUCUAAGCACAUACGACUGCCGCAAGUUCCAUCUCAGGGUAUAUGUUGUGGCAUUGAGUGACAUAGCGAUAUAUGUUUACGACGGUGCACUCGCUCUAUUCGCUGAAAGCAGAUACAUUCUGAUUUCCGAUGAUAACAGCAAAAGCAAUGCAUUAGAUAACUUACGGGUUCACUUAACAAAUUCCUGUUUACAAGAAGGCAGGGACCCAUUGGUAGUUCCCUUCUGGUCACUUGAGGGUAUAAGUCACUCCGAUAAAACGACCAUUUUUGAAAAAAUUAAAGUGAUAACAGGAGACUUAUUCAAGGCGGCAACAAGUGUCGACAAGAUCAACUUUCAACCGUUAUCCAAUGGUCUAGAGAUUUACGGCCUUGAUUUCUUGGUGAAUGAUGACUAUUCAGUAAAGCUUUUGGAGGUUAACGCAUAUCCAGAUUUCAAACAAACAGGUGAAAAUCUUAAGCACCUAGUAAGUGAACUCAUGGAGUCUACAGCCUCCUUAGUUGCUUCUAAAUUUUUCGGCUUUACUUCAUUCCCAGCCUCAAUGGUUAGGAUGCAUCAAGUCUUCAAGACAACACACCACGAGUAA